AUGGGGUACGGCGGCGGCGUGGAGAGAAAAUGGGUGUUCCCGAUAGUUAUAACCUCGCUGAUUUGCGUGUUUCUCCUUGCGACGUCGUUCAACAUGGGGCUAAUCUCAUCGGUGAACACAAUCAAUUUGCUCGCUUCUUCGCUGCUCCACGGACAUGCCGUGAUGAAUCAAACUUCUCAUAUAUCGACACCUUCCCCGCCCCCGCCCCCUCCCAAGUUCGCCUACUUGAUCUCCGGGUCGCGCGGAGAUUUGGAGAAGCUGUGGAGGACUCUCCACGUGCUCUACCAUCCGUGGAACUAUUACGUCGUGCAUUUGGACCUCGAGGCGCCGUUGGAGGAGAGGUUGGAGCUCGCACGCCGCGUGAAGAACCAUACACUUUUUAGACAGGUCGGGAAUAUCUAUAUGAACGAGAAGGCGAACAUGGUUACGUAUAGAGGGCCAACGAUGGUCUCAAAUACGCUCCAUGCUUGCGCGAUUUUUCUGAGGAGGAUUCGGGAUUGGGAUUGGUUUAUUAAUCUCAGCGCCUCCGAUUAUCCGUUGGUGACUCAAGAUGAUCUGAUUCACACAUUUUCAAGUCUUGAGCGCAACCUCAAUUUCGUCGAGCACACGAGCGACUUGGGCUGGAAAGCGACCGAGAGAGGGAUGCCUCUGAUCGUCGAUCCCGGGCUCUACGAGAGAAACAAAAGCGACAUAUUUUGGGCCGAUCCGAAGAGGAACUUACCUACCGCAUUCAAAUUGUUCACCGGUUCAGCUUGGACAGUCUUAUCCCGGGCAUUCGUCGACUUCUGCAUAUGGGGGACGGACAAUCUCCCGAGAACCCUCCUCAUGUACUACACGAAUUUCGUGUCCUCUCCCGAGUUCUACUUCCAGACCGUAAUCUGCAACAGCCCCCGAUUCAUAUCGACUGUCGUCAACCACGACAUGCAUUUCAUCUCCUGGGACGACCCCCCGCAGCAGCACCCUCGGACGCUGACCCUAAACGACACUGGCGACAUGCUAGAAAGCGGUGCACCAUUCGCCCGCAAAUUCAAGAUGAACUCCGCCGUCCUGCGCAAGAUCGACGUUGAAGUCCUCUGGCGAAAAAACGAGAGCUUCGUCCCCGGCGGAUGGUGCAAAGGCAAACCUAAGUGUUCCAAGGUCGGAAAUCCGACAAAGCUCCGGCCGGGCCCCGGCGCCGAGAGGCUUAAAAAGCUUAUAAAUAAGCUAAUGUCAGAUAGGGUAACUCAACCUCCCUGUACUUAGCUAGCUAGGCAGAGGCAGUUAGUUCCAUUUUCACUGUAUCAUUGAUCAUUAAAUUUUACCAUAUUUAUCCACAGAUCCUCCAGCAAUAAUGCAUUUUUGCCACCAUUUUUGUGAGUCAAAGU